UAAGUCGACACAAUAGCUCAGUGGUUAGCGCUGUCACCUCACAACAAGAAGGUCACUGGUUCGAGUCCCGGCUGGGUCAGUUGGCAUUUCUGUGUGGAGUUUGCAUGUUCUGCCUGUGUUGGCGUGUUAUAGGUAAAUUGAAUAAACUGAAUUGGCUGUAGUGUAUGUAUGUAAGUGCCUGUGUAUGGAUGUUUUCCAGUACUGGGUUGCAGCUGGAAGGGCAUCCGCUGUGUAAAAACAUAUGCUAGAGAAGUUGGCGGUUCAUUACUCUGUGGCGACCCCUGAUUAAUAAAGGGACUAAGCUGAAGGAAAAUUAAUGAAUGAGUGAAUGAAUAAAGCAGUUGGAUAGAUGUACCAGAAAAGUGGCUGACCUGAGUGGAAGUUGAAUUUUAUUUUAAGCAACAAAUCUUUUAUUUGUGUUGUUGUUUCAGUUUAGUUAAUUAUAACCCUGGCAGCAAACACAACAAUCAUUAAAUCAUAGUCAUACAGUACUGUAUGUUUUGUUGUAACUAGCUAUUUUUUCAAAAUCAAAACACAAUGGCGGAGAAAGAAAAAUAUCACCUGUUGGCAGCAACUCUUUUCUUUCUCCCUUCUUUUUCUUUUUGUUUAUUUUUUCUGAGUCAUGAAGGUAUAGUGACAGCUCUAAUGAAGAAUGCAAAAUAUGUAAUGCACUAGUUGACAGACUGGUUGAGUUGUAAUUGUUGACGUAACAAUAAAACUAUAAAAGAAGGUUGUCAGUAUGACAAAAGACUUUGGUGCAAGUUAUAAACGGCAUAGAACAUUUACCUUGGUAUUGCUGUAAAGAAAAACAUUUUUUAAUCAGACAGUAAACCAGGGAGGAGGUCAUUGGAUCGUUUUUAUUAAGUUCAUCACUUUUGCAUUUGGUAUGGAUGUCUAUAUUACACUCUUAAUCUUUGCCGUGACUCUACCAACAUCAGAUCUGUCUAAUAUGAAAAACUUGCUGCAGUUUGAGGACAUGAUCAAGUGCACAAUACCCAGCAGUUCACCACUGAUCGACUUUGCAGACUAUGGCUGCUAUUGUGGAUUGGGAGGUCAAGGGCUUCCUGUUGACGUGCUCGACUUGUGUUGUUUUAGGCAUGAUUCCUGCUAUGAUCAAACAAAAAACCUUGAGUCCUGCUCACUGUUUGACAGUCCCUACACAAACACAUAUGACUACAAUUGCGAUAAGAUUACAAGAACCAUCACGUGUUUGGCAAGUAAUGAUGCCUGUGACAUGUUCAUCUGCAAGUGCGACAAGACAGCAGCUGAGUGUUUUGCUCAGGCUCCCUAUAACACCUCCAAUAAUCAUCUAUCCUCCAGUGUUUGCAGUGCAGCAUCCACAGACAUCAGCAGCUUCAUCACCACUCUUACUGCAUUCACAUUCACUCUCAUAAUCUCGCUGUUCACCCGCAGCAGUCAGUGAAAUGUGUAUACAAUGAAUAUUACUGUGUUUGGUCAAAAACCAUUAUAAAACAUCCUGUGGUGACAGCUGUUUUGUAUGUACUCUUGUUAUGGACGCUUAGUAACUUUUUCAAGGCCUCGUGACAUUUUUGUCUUUUUUCGAGAAACUGAAUUCUUGUACCAGCUGUGCAAAUUGCCAACAGAUGCUGAUGUUCCCAAAGAACGAAACACCCACACAUACACACACAAACAAGUGGACAUAAACACUCAGCUUGUACUGUAAAUAGCUCUACAGCUAACACUAUAUAUAUUAGUUGGCCCGAACUACAAAGUACUUACAUUUGAACAAAUCGUUUGGUACAAUUCACUUAUUGUGUACACAUUUUAACAUUGCGCUUAUGUUUUAAAAAUGAUCUACACCUGUAAAUACGUUUAUAAUUACACCGCUGAUCCAUCCUCUAUACAUUAACCCACCAUUGUGUGUGCAUAAUAUAUACAGUUGAAGUCAGAAUUAUUAACCCCCCUGAAUAAUUAGCCUUUUUCCCCAAUUUCUGUUUAACAUGAGAAGAUUUUUUCAACACAUUACUAAACAUGAUAGUUUUAAUAACUCAUUUCUAAUAACUGAUUUAUUUUUAUCUUUGCCAUGAUAAAUAAUAUUAUAAAUGAUAAAUAAUAUUUUACUAGAUAUUUUUUCAAGAUACUAGUAUACAGCUUAAAGGGACAUUUAAAAGCUUAACUAGGUUAAUUAGGUAAUUUAGGGGAAUUAAUAUUGUAUAACAAUAGUUCGUUCUGUAGACAUUCGAGAAAAACGUCUAAUAAUAUUGACCAUAAAAUAGUUUUUAAAAUAUUAAAAACUGCUUUUAUUCUAGCCAAAAUAAAACAAGA